AUGGACGAAAGUAAGCACCAAAACUUACAAAGUUUGACUCAAUUCAUGACAUCUCAUAUCUCAAAGAAGUUUUCCCAGUUGCUACUUUCAAUAUCUAUAUUUUCUUUGCUCUUUGUCUACUCUUCAUGGUACUCUUUUUUACUGCCUUCAAUCAAGUUCUAUGUCAGUACAUUCCCAGUUCAACUUGUUAGCCAUACCCUUCACAAAAACUGCAUAUUUCUUAUUUGCAAUGGAAUCUUGGUGUUCCUUGUAAAAACCUCUGGCUUGGUUCUUAGUCCCUCAGGGUUUGAUCUUAACGACCUUAUAUUAAACAAGGUUGGAGACGGUUUGCAAGUAUCACCAGAAGGGAUUAAAGAAUCUUUGUUAGAGAAGGAAAGUUUGGUGGAAACAGAGAAUGCUGGUUCCGAAGAAAACGAAGAAGGAGGAGGAGGAGGAGGAGAACAUUUCAUAGAAGAGAAAAGAGAAAGCUUGAACUUGAUCGUAGAACAUGAAGCACAAGAGGCAGAAAGUGAGUCCAGCUUAAUUGUAAGAGAAGCUGUGGAUGGAGGAGAGAGAAAAGAAGAAAAUAUAACAUUUUAUAUAGAAGAAGAAGAGACUGAGAAGGAGCCAUUGAAUGAAUCUAAUGCAGGAGGAGGAAAAGAAGGAAAUGAGUUAUUGAGUACUGAAGAGUUAAACAAGAAAUUUGAUGAUUUUAUUAGAAGGGUGAAGGAAGAAAUAAGGUUUAAAGCUCAACAACCAUUAGUCAUGGUUAAUAAUUAG